ACCGUAUAGAUACCGGACAUAAAUACGGGGAUGGCGCUCAUUGUGAAUAACCGUCGGCUCUUUCAACACUAGACACAAUCUCGCUCCUCGUGGGCACGCGACUUUGCAUCCGAAUUUGUGACAGCAAUGAUUCCCACAGCACAAGCGUCCGCUGUGCGCGCAGCGUCUUCGCGCAUGCUGCGCGGGCUCCAGGCGCUGAUGGUCACGAUGACGGUGAUGUCCACGAUGAGGAUGGGAACCCACGGACGAGCCGUUCCGCCGCCCCCCUUGGGCACAGGCGAGCCGCGGCUGCAGCCGCUGCUGCUCAACGUCGCCGAGAAGUUGCUCACCGACUCUCAGACCGCCUUAAAUGAUUACAUGCAGGAAGUGAUGCCUCCUUGCGGGGCUCAGAGCGGCUGCGAGGAAUUAUUGGGCAAAGAGUUUCCCGCGAUGUUGCCAACGAACGUGAAUAACUGCAGUCAGGCUGCCCUCAAUACCAGCCACGACCUCUGCAUGAAGAAUAUCUGGAGAAACUUGAAGAUAUAUGAGAUGUACUUACAGCUCAUCACCGAAAAAUCAGGAAGACAUUUGAGGCUGAAGCACGUCAACACCGACAUGAAGCACCUCCUGAGCCUCAUCCAUUCACAGUUUGGCUUGGAGGAACAGCAGGUCAUCCAUGAUCUCAAAGUGACUGCAGAAAACUUGGAGGAGCUGAUGGGAACGUGGUCAAAAAAGGUGUUUACGGCACGAGUUCUCCACCUCUUUAUCCACCAGAUCGAGGUGGUCGUCCGAACAUUUUUGAUGAUGAAAACUGUGACUUAAGAUGUCAAUGUACAGGGUGACCCAUUUAUCGACACCCCACUGGUUUCUAAUGUAUUAACAGUAUAAGGUCGCACUAAUUACACACAAAGGGCUUGCCACAAAUGGACCACAACACCGUGCGAAUCUCAUCAAGGAACCUAAACCAUCACGCGAACUCCGGUCAUCCUCGCAGGAGCUUAUUGAUAGCCAUUGAGCAAAGGUGGUCACUGUGUUGCGCGCGCUCACACGUGCUGGGGUUGCUCUCGCUUUCGAUAUUAGGAAGCCACUGGAGCUAUGCACGUUCAAAUCUAGAUUGAAAACUAAUUUCUUUAGAACUGUUUUUUGUGUUCAGUCUGUUGUCCUUUCCCUGCACCUCGGAUUAGCACGGUUGGUUACGUACGGUGUGAAAGAAGUUCAACAAACAUACGUGCAGUACAUGUACGUUGAACGAGACCAGAUAAUGACCCUGGUCUCAUGCAGCACACGAUUCAUUGUAAAUUUGUUAUUUUGGAGUGAUUGAUGUGAAACGAUUUUCAUUCGCCACUGGAUAAUUAUUAUGUUGUUGUCUUGUGGGAUUACUGAUAUCAAGGACGGUGUGUGUGUAUGUGUCACAACACCGCAAGUUAUCAAUGACCCAAUACUGCUGCGCAAGUUUUGAUGGUCACACUUUAUAGCCCUUUGCACGUGUUUUUUAGAAAGUAAUGUGCGAUGCAACCCAGAAGAUCACACUCCGACACUUAGGUUUACAAAAUAGGCGGUUGUAAGGUGGUUUGCACUUUGUAAAAUUGGUGAAUUCCAAAGUUUACGUGAACAUAUAUUUAUUUAUACAUAUUUAAAAGCAUCGCUGACAAAGUUAUUUAUUUAAUAUGCUGUUUAUUGAAUGAGAAUUCGUUUACAUUUUUAUAAUAAUAAUAAUAAUAAAAAGACAACUCACA